ACUGGGCUUUGGCUACAGUUCACUUCACGCGAGACUCCAGCGGGUUUGACGCUGCUGUCAGCGAGACACGGAGGCAGCUCGCUCUCUACAACAUUUAACGUCUUUUAAAGUCUGGAAAUUAUUAAAGACACCAUAUAUAUUCGCUGACCAUUCCGAUUCAUUUUGUUUGUGACGAUGGCAGAUCCGAAGUACGCCAACUUGCCAGGCAUCGCCUUUAACGAGCCUGACGUCUAUGAGACCAGCGACUUGCCAGAGGAUGACCAAGCGCAGUUUGAGUCGUUCGUGCAAGAGCUGGAAGAGCUGUGCAGUGACAGUGUGGAGCGCAUUGUGGUGAACCCAAAUGCUGCCUAUGACAAGUUCAAAGACAAGCGUGUCGGCACUAAGGGCCUCGACUUCUCGGACCGCAUCAGCAAGACCCGCAGAGUGGGCUAUGAGUCUGGAGAAUAUGAGCUUCUUGCAGAGGGAUGUGGGGUGAAGGAAACUCCUCAGCAGAAGUACCAGCGGCUUGUUAACGAGAUUCAGGAGCUCACUCAGGAGGUGGAACACAUACAGGCAAAUGUGAAGGAGAGCAGUGCAGAGGAGCGCCUGACGCCGGUGGUGCUGGCCCAGAGAGCGGCGCAGCUGAAACAGCAGCUCGUCUCAGCCCACCUGGAUUCACUCCUUGGCCCAAAUGCUCAUAUCAACCUAGCUGACCCAGAUGGAGCUCUUGCCAAGCGGUUGAUGACACAGCUGGAGUUGGCACGGGGGGUGCGUAGCAGUGCAGGAGGAGAGGGGAAGGGAUCAGGGCUCAAAGGUCCAGAUGGAGUUGUGCUGUACGAGCUGCACAGCCGGCCUGAACAUGAGCGGUUCACUGAGUCUGCCAAGAUAGCUGAGUUGGGGAGGCGGUUGGCAGACCUGGAGACUGCUGUAGGUUCUGGCACAGAUAAGCAGGGUCCUCUCAAUGCUGGACUUCAAGGAGCAAGUGUAAUGGAGACUAUAGAGCUGCUGGAGGCUCGAGUCAGUGCUCUGGAUGCUGCCACUUUGGACCAGGUUGAAGCAAGGCUGCAGAGUGUUUUGGGGAAGAUGAAUGAAAUAGCGAAGCACAAGGCUGCGAUUGAAGAUGCCGAAACACAGAACAAGGUGUCGCAGCUUUAUGAUGUGGUGCAGAAAUGGGAUGCCAUGGCAACCUCCCUCCCUCAGGUGGUCCAGAGAUUGAUAGCCGUUAAAGAACUACACGAGCAAGCCAUGCAAUUUGGGCAGCUGCUGACCCAUCUGGAUACCACGCAGCAGAUGAUCAACAACGCGCUGAAGGACAACAGUACAUUGCUCACGCAGGUGCAGCAAACAAUGAAGGAGAACCUGGUCUCAGUGGAAGAGAACUUUGCGGCACUCGAACAGAGAAUGAAGAAGCUCUCAAAAUAAAAUGCUUUCCUGAACUGAAAUGAGGCAAGUGAUGGAGGGAUAUGCAGAACGGUUGAUUCCUCAUUUUAAAUCUUGUGCUUUUUCCCCCCCUCAUAAGCCUUUUCUUCCACAACGCUGAAUGUUGUAAAUAAAGUUGGAAACAAAGGUGUAGUUGAAGGUUGAGCAAAUGCCCUGUAACACUACAGUAAACCCAGUACUCUUUGCA